AUGGGGGGAAAAAAAAUUGCACUAUUCCUGUCCAUUGUGAUACUCCUCCUUCUCUGCUGCUGCGUAUGGUGUGAAAAAUCCAGAGUGGAAAAUAAAAAAAAAUUGGAGGAUGAUGUCAUAAGCAUACUGAGGAGGAAGCUCGAGAGUUUGCAAAAAGAGAGCUUAACAAAUUCGGAUGGAAAUUUAAAGAAAGAAAUUGAAUUGGUGAAGAUGCAAAUUCAAGAUUUGCAGAAAUAUGAAAAGGGGGAUACUGGCAAAAAGGUGGACCCCACUUUGGGGGAGAAACCAGGAGUUGAGUCUGUAAAGGGACAACCUUUCAGUUUGGAAGAGGCAGGAGACAGACAAGAUGCAGAAGGAUUGGAUGAGUCAUAUCGAUUGGACUACUUAGAAGGCGUAGAAGACUAUGAGGAGGAGAUCCUUGAGCAGAUGGAGCAAGUGGAGGUGCCUGAGGUAGUCGAAGAAGCGGGUGAUGCAGAAGAGGAGCAACCCGCCUAUGGCGAGGAGGAUGACAGCCUUCCGGACGUGGUGCCUGACUCGGUAAAAAGAACGGCAGAGGGUGUAAUCGAUGAAUUCGAAGAGGCAGAAGAAGACGAAGGUGCAGAUGCGGAUGAAGCUAAGUUAGAAAGUUCCACUUCGGCAAGUAGUGCGCUAGUAGGAGGAUCACCACUGGGAGGAAGCACAGAGGAGGAAAAAGAAGAAGAAGAAGAAAAAGGAAAAGAUGUCAUGCAGGGAAACUUCCAGUUAGAGGAACAGGGAAAAGAUGACGUCCCGGGGAACUUCAAGUUAGAGAAAGAAACUAAGAAGAGAGGACAACCUCUCCGUGAGACAUCAUCAGACGGAGACAAGGCCAUAAAACCUCCCCUGAGUGGACAGAAACCAAAUAAGGAAUGCUUUAACAAACUGCACAAGGACGUAGGCUUAACUAAAGACAGUGCCAACCAGAUAAACCCUCCACCAAUGGACGACAAAGGUAAGGACGAGGGACAAAAAUAUAAAUCUCCGACUCAGAAUGGGGACAACUCAGUGGGGGCAAAUAACUUCGGAGGCUGUUCCCAGGGAGAAAAUUCAAAUGGCACCUGUCCACUGGACAUUUUUAAAAAAGUGUUAGAAGACGAAAACUUCUUACAAGAGUUUGACAAUUUUAUCCAUAACCUGUAUGGAUACUCGAAGAAGGACACCCCCUGCGGAAGAGACCAAAUGGAAAAUGAGAACCUCUACAUGGAUCUCUUAACAAACGCGCUAAGUUUCCUCAACACGAUUGAAGUGAUUUAA